AUGCAAAAGCACAACCAUAACUUUUUAUAGAUAUUGUGCUGCUGGAUCAGUCAAAAGAUGGCGGGGAAAGGAAAGGGCAAGGGCAAGGGCAAGGGCAAAGGCAAAGGAAAGCCUGUGUUCAAUGAGAACCUUCCGUUAGAAGAGAUGACCGAGGAGCAACUGACGGAUCGCAUCGCCAAGAUAACAGAGGAGGUAGGCCGCAUCCAGGAGGAGAAGAAGAGCUUCCAGCUGAUGAGGGACCAGGUCACAGCCUUCUGGGAGAUCUCCAAGGGGAAGCUCCAGGACGUGAAGGACAAGCUGAGGGAGGGCAGCAUCGCGCGAGACGAGGCCAAGAUGCGCAACCGGGUGAAGGUGGCCAAGUACCAGCAGAAAGUCCGGCACCUGGAGUCUGAGUGUCAGAGCAACAUCUCCCAGCUGAAGCUAGACAAGGCGAGUUACUCUUCACUCCACGACAACAAGCGCUUCGAGAUGGAGCAGGGCGCCCUGAAUGAGAUCCGCAGUCUGCAGGUGGAUCUCAGUGAGAAAGAGCUCCACAGCCAAAACCACAUUGAAGAGCUGAAGUUUGAACAGGCGUUCGAACUGGUGGACAUUAGAGUCCCGCACGACUGGAGGACGGUGGAGCUGGAAGCCAAACACAACGCCGAGAUCCUCCCGAUGAUCGAGGCGUCGGAAAAAAAGCUGGAGGCCGAGAUCAACAUUCUGGACACGCAGAUGCAAAUACGUCUGGAGACGCUGAAGAAAGAACAUGACGGCGCCUUCCGACUGGCGCUUCAGCUGAGUUCAGAUUUUUACCAAGCCCACAUGGAGGAGAUUUGCCUGCUGGAGAAACAGCUGACCACGCUGAUGUGCCAGGGUGUGGUGCGCCAGCUGUCCUCGGCUCACAAGCAGCCGUCGUGUCCGCAUGAGAGCCUUCAACAGGACAAGAAGAAGCUGCAGGAGCUCCUCCAGCAGCUGGACAAGCACAACGAGGACAAGGCUAUGAGGGACGCCAGCGAAGCUCGCGUGAAUGUGCUGGAAGACGAACUGGAGGAUUUGUCCGUUAAGCACGGGAGGCUGCUUGAGGAUCUCCAUUUCAAGGAGCUGGAGCAGGAGAACCUGCUCAGGAAGCAGGCGGAGGCUCUCCUGGAUGCACAGCAUCGAAAUGGACUGAGGAAGAGGCAACUGAAGAUGAAAGUGGAAGCUGUGAGCGAAACGCUGGAGAAGCUUGAGACGAGCCUCAGCAUGUAA